AUGUUUGUUAAGCAAGGAGAGCUGGAUGAGUUGAUCAAGGUGCAUGAAGAAGAGGUUGAAAAGAUCGAAAACCUGAAGAUUAAAUUAGAAGAGCAGAACAAGGAGUACGAUCCACUCAUGGCGGAGAAAGAAGCCGAAUACGACCAGGAGUUGGCCGCGAAGUUGGACAAAUUUAUCAUCGAGCACGCCGCGAGGGUCAUACAGACCGCGUGGCGGGAUACUCUGAGGAACCGAGCUGAGAAGAGAAAGUUGUUGAAGUUGAAGAAAAAAAUUGAGGCAGAGAAAUUAGCAGCUGAAUUAAGAGCAGAACGUUUAGCUAAGCAGGCAGCUGCAAAUGCGAAAAAACAGGCGAAACAAGAAAAGGCUGAUGCAAAGGCAGCAGCCAAAGCAGCAAAGUUAGAAGCCAAAGCUAAAGAAGGGGAAGGUGCUGCUGCAGAAGGGCAGGAAACUCCUGCAGAAGGGCAAGCAAAAGAAUGAGAAUGUUUAUUUUUUGUUUAGAUUAUCAACGUAUUGUUUUUCAAUCAUUAGAAGCUUUGGUAAGUAUAACCUUGGUCUGUGGGUUUGUGGUAUGACGAAAUACC